GAAGUAGCGUGGUGUGUGGGCGGAACCAAACACGGUCAUGUCGGCCGCCCUGCUGCGGCGCGGCUUGGAGCUGCUAGGGGCGCCGGAGGCCCCCCGGGCCGCGGCAGGCCCGGCCAAGACGACCGGGGCCCCGGCGAAGCGGACCCGGAAGGCAAAGGCAACCCAGGCCCAGAAACUGCGGAACUCGGCCAAGGGAAAGGUGCCCAAGUCCGCGCUCGCUGAGUUCCAGAAGCGAGAGUGUCGAGGCUACCUCGGAGUAAACCUGAAGUUCAUGACCAGUGCAAGAAGUACCGUGGCAGAGUCAGUCACCCGGCAGAUUGUGCGGCAGAACCGGGGCCGCAAGGCCUGUGACCGGCCAGUAGCCAAGACGAAGAAGAAGAAGAAGGCUGAGGGCACUGUGUUCACUGAGGAAGACUUCCAGAAGUUCCAGCAGGAAUACUUCGGCAGCUAGGCUCCCAGGAGGACACAGUGGGAAAGACAUUCAGGCCCAGUCUCUUCUUCUGACCUCGCGGCCUCUACUAGCCCUGGGAGCCAGAGGGGGGGGCUGGCAAGGAGCUGGGGAGCUGGAAGCCCGGGGGCAGAGAUGCUCUCAGACCAGAGCUGACAUCUACAGGCUUAGGAAGAGCCAUCUACCUGCUAGAAGACAUUUCUGACUGCUUUGUUUGCUUUGCCCCAAGUAGGGUCUCUGGGCUGUUCGCUCUGGAAAGGCCAGUUCUUAGGCCCUUGGGGCCAUACCGCUAGGAGUGGGAAGGCCGCCAGGCCAGCUUCCAGGUUCUAAUAAAUGUAAACCCAAGA